CGUUGAUAAACACAGGUUUUACCAGAGCGUCCUGACAGGUUGGCUCAGUUCAGACGCCUGGGGGCCGAGGUGAUGUGAUGGAUCGGAGCUCGACAUUGAGACUGAGGAUGAUUCGGCUGAACGUGGUUCUGCUCCUGUCCGCCAGCAUCAUCUGUCUGCAUGGGAAUCCUAUCUCAGACGACCACGAUCUUCACUGUGUGAAUGAUUACUUGUUCACGGUCAACUGCACCAUGAGCCUCAGACCAUCAGAAGACACAUCCGGCAGCGACAGCUCCUACUGGCUCAAUUUCACAGAAACAUUUGAACCGAGGAUGUUUCAGUGCAUGCUGACAAACACCGACAGGGAUUAUUUCUGCUCUGUUAAAACCUACGAUAUGACGCCUGACGACGAUUCUCCAGAGACGUUCUCAGACACAGAUACUUUUAAAAUCUCACUCUGUCGCAACCACACUGAUGGAUCUGAAAUGUGCGAGGAGCUGGAUGGCGAAUACACACCUCAAACCAACAUUAAACCAAACGCACCGUGCUGCCUCACGCUCAGCCGGAACUCAAGUCAAUACCACUUCACCUGGAGCAGCACCUAUGAGGAAUAUGAGCCUUACAUGGCUUUGGUCCAAGACUUCAAGUAUCAGCUUCAUUAUUUCAGAAGAGGAGUCGAACACGACGACAAUGAGGUGAUCUCUCAUGAUAUCUACACAGAAAGAACAAACUAUUCUGUGGACGAUGACGUGUUCAUGCUGAACGCAGAGUACACUGCCAGUGUACGGUCCAGUCCCAACCUGGUUUUUUACCAGGGACAGUGGAGCGACUGGUCCGCUGAGGUUCAUUGGAGGACGGGGUCGGCCAUCACUGAACUUCCCAGAAACACAUUUUUUACGAGGCUGGGGAUGAAGGUGUUCCUCACCUUAUGUGUGCUGGUGCCACUCAUCCUCCUUGUGUGCUAUGCUCCUGUAAAGAGGUGGAGGCAGAGGGCCUUCAUCCCAAGUCCAGCUCCCUAUUUCCACACCCUGUACUCCGACUGUCAAGGAGAUUUUAAGAGAUGGGUGAUCACACAAGAAGGCACAGCAGACACGCCGAAAGCAGAGGCCUCGCUCCAAAUGGACACCCUGACCCAGUGUGCAGAGGUCCCAGAGGACGAGCUCCACCCCCACCUUCCCCACCGGCUGAUGGAAGGCAGCGUGUACAGUAACCUAAUCAACCCAGAGUGUGAUACCUCUUGCCUGGGCGUCCCGUAUGCUGUGAACACCAUGGGGCCACUGUCAGCUCCAGGGAGUCUGACCCUUUGUUAUCAGUCUGGCAGCCCAGCUGAGGGGGACUCAGGGUGCUGGCUCUGCAGCGACUCCUCCCUGCAGAAGGACUCUCUUUGGUACUUUAGUAAAUACUGCACCCUGGACAGCCUCACGCAGUCUAAUCCACUCACAGCAGAGCAUGAUGGCCACUUGUCAACAAAAUGUUCCUCACAGCGGAUCAUCAGCAUGGAGGCCACUGGGGAAACACAGUGAUUAGUGUGUGUGAAGUAACUAGGGCAGGAUAAUAGUUACAAAUCUAGUUGUAAACCAAGCUGGCCCAUAAGUUUAACCUCCAGACAUGUAGUGCUUCACAACGCUGCAAACGGCUACUUUAAAUGCUUUAUAACUGUUCAUAGUCCAGUGGUGAGAAGCCAUUAUGCCAAUCAGCUAUUAUAAGAUGCUACAGCAUUAUGUUAAAUGUAAAUAUAUCAAUGUAUAACCUUUGUUAAGCACUUGCAAAAAUAGCUUUCACAGAUUUGAGGCAAAACUAUUUUUUAGACUAAUUGUACAUGAUUGAAUAUUUUGCUUUGUUCCUACCGGCAACAAUCUUAUUGUAUUUUCCUUGUGUAAUAAAGAUACUGCAAACAUUUUGUAGAAAGUUUUAUUUACGCCAACACAUACAUGAACAAAGCACCAUAUAACCUUAAAGUCUGAUACAGAAGUAAGCCUACCUGCCUCAGUCGUUGUGGCCAUUUUUAUUUAUUCCAUAGCAAACACUCUGAAUAACAAAAAGACAGCCAAGGCAGCAGAUUCUAUCAUAUAUUACAGCAUGCUGAAUAGAAAACCUGGGAAAGAGAAUUAGACAGAGCCAUCUAGAGACACUAGUGAGAUACAACAGUAUAAAAGUGCCAUUCAUUAUACAGCAGUUGAAAUACUGACAAUGAAAUAAGCUAAUUUUACAUUAAUUUGAUGGAAAAUAAAAGGGGAAAACAAAGGAAUAGACCCUGUGAAAGAGCAAAAUAAACAAGGGACAUUUUCUUCCUUGAACACUGAUGACAGCCAGUUUGCAUUGUGUUGAUGAAACUGGUACCGAGCUGUGUCCCUUGCAUCACAUAAGACAA